AUGUCGUUAGUUCCAUUAGCUGCUGCUCCAGUAUUUCUCCAAUUGGGACUUGCCUUGGCGGUUAACGGUGGUUUGGGUUCCGGCGGCGAUCUGGACGAUACAACUACAAAAGCCACAACAACGGCAAACGCAAACACAAACACAAACACAAACACAAACACAAACACAAACACAAACACAAACACAAACACGCAAACUGGAACGACUACGGCAACAACCGGCGCCACAACUAACACCAUAAAUGGUGUCACAACAGGAGACACAACUAGCACCUCUUUUGCUACCGCAGGCACCGAAACACAAAUUUCUUACAACCAGUGGGGGUUCACAGGGUCACAAUCGAUUUGGCUAUAUACUACAUCGACGCUGCUGGGCUCCGCGUCGGCAAAUCUGAUAUCGAAUUCCGCAUCGCAAUCGUCUUCGGCAUCGCAGUCUUCUUCCUCAUCCAGUGCCAACAAAUCAGCACCAUUCACCGCCAGGAAGGGGUGGAAAUCAACUGCCGCGAUUGGUGCCGUCUUUGCAGUGACAGUAGGGCUUCAUUGUAUUUGA